CUUCCUCCCCUUCUCCCAAUCGGCCAUGUUUAAUUUGACUCAUUCAUGAAAAGUUAUGUAAACACAACAGUAAAGCAAUGAUCGCGGAGGCGACAUAGUUGACGAUGCUAGAUUAAGUGAUCUGCGUUGUGAUCUUCCGUCUGGAUGAACCGCGUUGUUUGUACAGAGCGAUCAUUUGUACGAGCAUUUAUCAACAGCUGAGGAAAUAAACGAAUAGCGCGUGAACUGCGGGCAACGGCAGGAAACCAUGAGGAAAAAGCAGAAUGUAAAAAACAGGAAAGCAGAAGAGACGACAGUUGUUCAAGAGUUUGCAGUGGAAAAAAUCAUCCGCAGACGAGUCAACAAUGGAAAGGUUGAAUAUUAUCUGAAGUGGAAAGGAUUUACAGAUGCAGAGAAUACCUGGGAGCCAGAGGAUAACCUGGAUUGUCCUGAGCUGAUAGAAGAGUAUCUCAGAAACCUAACAGUCUUGGGACAGGAAACAGAACAAGAGGAGUGUCAAUCUUUAGAACACAAGGUUCAGCCUAAGGAAGAGUUAUCAGAGUUGGCUACUGAUAUGGCUCACCAGCAGCCUCAGGAGGAGCUCGUUGAAAGGACUAAUGAGGAGGUUGAAGAACACAACGCUGAGAUCCCAGCAGGCCAACCCAGUCACCAUGAGCCAGACUGCAUUAUCGGGUGCACAGACCAACAAGGAGAACUCAUGUUCCUCAUCAAGUGGAAAAACACGGAUGAGGUAGCUUUACUAGCAGCCGUGGAGGCCAGUAAAAGGUGGCCCCAGAUGGUAAUCCGCUUUUACGAGGACAAGCUGACCUGGCAUGGAGACGACGAGCAGUGAAAGAGAAAAUAUGUAGCAGUGGAUACUACUGUACCUCCUGGCAGCUUUAAACAUACACAAACACUGUGGCUUAAGUUUACUGUCCGUUUACUGUACCAUGUAAUGAAAGUGUGCAAAGCCACACUCCAAUGUGAAGCUCUUCCUAACACACUUACCUGUAGAAAUGUGACUGGAGUAUUAGAGCCUACUGUAGUGUUCUGUUUGUACAAAUCCACACAAGUGGUUUAUUAAUCAGUCCGAUGUUGUCGUAUUUCUUGGUCUGUUGUUUGAGAACUCGUUUAUGAUGUUCAUCAUUCUGUCCUCUGUUGUUAUGAUCUGAACUGUGAUUUAACAUAGGAAAUGAUGACAGAUGGUACAGUACCUGUUAGAGAGGAACUGUUUGACUAGUACUCUCUGUGCUGUAAACUCACUGUUAAGCACUUAUGGCCUAUUCACACCAAGAACGACUAUAAUAAUAACAGUUAAUAUAGAGAUUGUUAUUAAUUGUUCAUCUUUGGUUCACACCAAAAAUAUAAUGAUUAUGACAGAUUGUGUUUUUGGAAUCACUUUUAAAAUGGUAUUUAAACAAAAAACAGACAAAUCCAUCUGCUUUAAAGGAACACUUCACAUUUUUUGAAAAUAGGCUCAUUUUACAAUUCCAUGUUGGAAGCACUUUUAGCUUAGCUUAGCAUAGAUCAUUGAAAUGGAUUAGACCAUUACCUUUUCUCUCAAAAAGAGUUAUGAAAAAUUUUCUAUUUAUAGGUUGACUCUUCUUGUUUGAAGACAGAUGGAAAAUGAAAUGUUGCUAUUUUGCAAAAAUCUAAGAACAUUUGGUCUAAUCUGACUCAAUGAUCUAUGCUAAGCUAAGCUAAAAGGCUCCUACCAGACCCGAAGAUCAGGAGAUACAUGUAAUAAUAUAACUUCGCAAUCAGAUUCUGCAAGCAAAAAAUGUAGUUGUUUUUUUUAAAUAAUAACAUAAGACAGAUUAUGUUUUUGAAGUAAUUUUUAAAACAGUAUUUAAACAAUAAACAAUAGCCUAAUCCAUCUGCUUUAAGGGAAUACUUCAAGUACUUUUAGCUUAGCUUAGCAUAGAUCAUUGAAAUGGAUUAGACCAUUAGCUUCUCUGUCAAAAAGAGUUUUGAGAAAAUUUCUAUUAAAGCGUGAAUUUUUUUGUCGGAAGACCAACGGAAAAUGAAAUGUUGCUAUUUUGCAAAAAUCUUAGGACAUUUUUGAGUAGGAUGCUAAUGUUCUAAUCUGAGUCAAUGAUCUAUGCUAAGCUAAAAAUGCUCCUACCAGACCCGGAGAUCGGAAGAUACAUGUAAUAAUAUAACUUAGCAGUCACAUUCUGCUAGCAAAAAAGUUUAUUUUUAUUUUUAUUUUUAAUAAUAACAGAUAAAUACUCAUGGCACUGUGCAGAAAAUGCCACCAAUCAGAGAUGUGAUGCUAAAUCUUUAGCUUUGCUCACUCAUUAAGCACUGUGAAUGACAUUUUUGUGAGUUUUCCUAUGCUCUGAAUAUAUAUUUAAACUCAACUAAUGAAAUGAACAGUUUUCUUGUCCUUAUUAUUUCAUUCAGUUGAGCCAUUUACAAUUUUUCAUGGCAUUGUAACUUUCUUGUUGAAUCCAUUAAGUACACUAUUUCCAAUUUUUAUUAUUGUAAUAUUUUUAUUGUUUAUUAUUUUAAUAUUGUAAUUCACCUCAUUUCUGGUUGGUGUGUUUCAUGUCUUCUAAUGCUUUAACAAAGCCUCUUUUUAAAAAAAAUCCUUAUAGGCAGAAUUACUUUCUGAACCAGCAUUUAUGUGCAUCAUUAUAGUUUUGUUCUUGGUGUAAACAGGUCGUUUUAAAAGUAAUACUGUGAUUAAUCCCUUGAUCUGUGAGCGAGUGUUGUGACUCAUAAAUCAGUAGAUUUGCACAAAACUAAUUCUAGAAUGUAGCCUGUACAAUCACACUUUUUGUGACAUGUUUAUUUUUGGUCAGUUUCACUUUCAUAACAGCAGUAUGAUUGGGCCGUUUACUGUAGGCUUUGAGGUUUUGUGUUGAAGACCUUUGUCUUGCCGUUUCACUCUUCUCAGUUCCUGUUUUCUGUAAAGAUCACUGUAACAUUAAAUCUCUAGGUGCUUUAAAUAAACAUAGAAUUACCUCAGAA